GUAACUGCGGUAAUCCGCAGCGAGUCCCUGCGCGCUCUCCAUCAGGCUUCUCCUGGGCAGCAGCGCAGCAUCAUUCUGUACUGUGCUGGUGUGCGGCAGCCUAAUAAAUAACAAUCAGCUUUGUUUUUGUUUUUAUAUGCAAAACUGUCAACGUGAAAACGGAGUUCAUGCCAGAUUUCGAGCACUUCCGAUUUUCCAGCUCUAGAAUGAAUCCGGUUUUGGGUGAGAGCGCGUACGCGGUCCAGCAGCAGCCGCAGGAUCCCGGGGCGACUUUAUCAAACACUGAUCCUGGAUACACGGGCCUUUUCUUUGGUGAUGCUGGACAAGAUUUUUUGGAUUCUGGCUCACUGUCCAGCAGCUUUCCGUAUUUCCAUUCUAGCGGUUCACUGUACCGAGCAUCUCUUCCUCAUCCUCCUCCUCCUCCUGCUGCGGCUCUGCGCAAUGAUCUCGGCUCCAACAUUUGCGUCCUGAAGACUCUGAACCUGCGGUUCCGCUGCUUCUUGGCCAAAGUGCAUGAGCUAGAGCGCCGAAACAAAGCCCUGGAAAACCAGCUUCAGCAGGCCAGGGAGGCCAAUAAUCAUGACAGAGGAUGUGGACAAGGUAAAAGAAAUUGCACUGUCCAGUCAGAAACAGACUUCACAGCAAGUUCGAAUGCAAACGAUUCAACAUGCUUGACCAGGACUUUACUAGGACCAACACUUAAUGGAUCUGGACUCAUGCCCAGAAACAAGAUAUCGGUUGGAAAUCAGGACUCAGCAGGUCUAAUGGACUCAAAUUCCAAUCUUUCUCCAUUAUUCCCCUUAUCUCCAGUUGUUCCUAAGUCCAUCAACUGUAUCAGACAGAGCUAUGAUGCCAAUGGGACAGAAAGGUUUACUAACUCCACAUCUCAAGUUCAUCCCACCUCAGUUUUGUUUCACAAACCCACUGGACGGUUGAACAACAGCUGGGAUUUGAGGUUUUCUGGUCCCAGAGUGUCCUGGCCAUAUCAAGAUGGGGUUGGGGUUCAAAUCGACACCAUCACACCAGAAAUUCGGGCCCUUAAUAAUGUGCUGGCAAAGGUGAAGCUGGAAAGGGAUGAAUACAAGCAAAGGUGGGAAGACGAGUAUGCAGUCAGAUUGGACCUACAGGAGAAGAUUGCAGAGCUAGAAGAGGACCUGUACAUGAGUGAGAUGUGUCAGGAUAAGCUGGCUCUCCGAGUUAAGCAGCUGAAGGCUGAGCUCAUCGUCUUCAAGGGCCUCAUGAGCAAUAACCUCUCAGACUUGGACAGUAAGAUCCAGGAGAAGGCCAGGAAGGUGGAUAUGGACAUCUGUAGAAGGAUUGACAUAACUGCACGCCUGUGCGACGUCGCCCAGCAGCGGAACUGUGAGGACAUGACUCAGAUCUUCCAGGUGGCUACGCCUCCCUCAACACUGACCCGCUGCCACUGCAAACAGGCCUCACAGACUAAUAAACCCACCGGUAGUGACGACUCGGUCAGCAUUUCUGUGAGUGAGGGGUGCAAGAAAAAAGAGCCGGAGCUGUGUGGCUCAUCGACCAAUCCGGUUAAUGAGGAAAUGCAGAGGAUUCUCAACAAACUGCAUGACAAUGAGUUUGAGGAUGACUGUGAUAGUCUGGCUUGGGAAGAAACAGAAGAAACAUUACUGCUCUGGGAGGAUUUCCCAGGAUGCACCUUGGCUGUGGACACUAAUGGGGAGCAGGACGAGUCCAUAGAGAAGGUGAUAAAGGACACAGAGUCUAUGUUCAAGUUUCGUGAGAAGGAAUACCAAGAAACCAUAGACCAGAUAGAGCUGGAGUUGGCCACAGCAAAAUCAGACAUGAACAGGCAUCUGCAUGAGUAUAUGGAGAUGUGCAGUAUGAAGAGGGGUCUGGAUGUGCAGAUGGAGAUAUGCAGGAGGCUCAUGACACAGAGUGGAGACAGGAAAUCUCCUCCCCUUCCAGUUUCUGUGACUUUGGAUGACGCAGAGGAAGGAGAGAAGGAGCGAAAUGCUCACCUACCAUGGAGGAAGUCCUAACAGACUUUUGUGUCAGCUAAGCCCUACUUAUAUUACCAUCUAUACUUCACACCAAGGAUGAGGUGGCACCUUAAAAGACUUAUGAUUAUACAAAACACACUAGUGCCCCCCAGUGGCAAAGAGAAUGACUACAUGAACGAUUUACUAUCAUAAUUUACUUGAAUAACACGUUAAACUAGAGCAGCGAUGUCCAAUCUUAUCCGGAAAGGGCCGGUGUGGGUGCAGGUUUUCAGUCCAACUAAGCAGAAGCCACACCAGAGUCUACUAAAAGCCAAGAAUGACUGAUUAAACAGGUGGAAUCAGGUGUGGCUUCUGCUUGGUUGGAAUGAAAACCUGCACCCACACCGGCCCUUUGUGGAUAAGAUUGGACACUGCUGAAUUAAAGGAUGCAGCUUCCCUUUUAAUUAAAAGCUACCAACAGAAGUAACACGGGGGUCAUUCAACUCAAGGCUCAGAAUCUUUAUAGAAGAAUAAUUGGCCCUUUCUCAAAGCCAGAGAACAAGAAAUUGGUUUAAAACUAGGUUUAUAAACAACUGUGGAUACAGAUAUGACAAACAGGGUAAGUAAUUUGGGGUAUUUUUUAUUUGUGUGUGUGUUUCAUCCUUUUCUCAGUCUUCUUGGGAAAAUAAGUUACCAGUGCUGUAUGUUUCUGAUUUGUUGUCUAUAUUCUGCUAUAUACAGACAAUUUACUCAGCUCUUGGCAAUCCUGCUCAUGGAGACCAAGUUCGUUAACCUGAUACUAAUAACAUGCGCUAUGUGGUUUUAGCCCAAACUAAACACUGCCUUACUAAGGGUAAGAAUAAAACCCCUUUUUUUAUUACUAAAUUUCUAUACAACAAAAGAAAUUUACUAAGCCGGUGCUCGAACUAGCUCUCACAGGCUGAAGUCUGCGGAGUCACCUAAACAAUUAAACUGUACAUACACUGCAUGCUUGUCCUUAACAAAUGAUCAUUCUACAUACUUAUUAAGAGUAAAUCAUAUAGUAAUUAUAAUGAAAUAAUCCCCAUUUUGACUGACAGAAACACUGUAAGUAACAGAUUCUGGUGACGUGUCCAGUGAAGGUUUUCUGAUCUUUCUAAAAUGUAACAAGCUGAAAAACUGUCACAUGGUUACUGAUAUUGUUGUCUACUUCUUUUUUUAUUUGGGUAAAAAAAAAAAGCUUUUAAUUAGCAAUUAAUUAGCUUGUAAUUAGCUCGCUUACUUCGUCACAUUAGACUCAAGCUAUUAAGAUUUAUAGUUCAGCAGUCCGAUAAAGUUAUGUUCUGAAAAUUAAAUUUCCCUAAAUUUGACCACACCGACAUCCUUGUUAAAUCGGAAGAAGAAAACAGACGAUUUCCUAUUUUGGGCCCUAAACAGACAGAGACACAAAUACAGACAGAGACAUUGUGUUAUACCCUUACUGGGGCAGUAGAGGUGUAAGUGGUUAAAGCUCUGGGUUGUUGAUUAGAAGAUCUGUUGACCCCAACCUCCAAAUUUGGGAUAUGCGAAGAAAGAAUUUCACUGUGGUGUAAUGUAUAUGUACAUGUGACAAAAUAAAGGCUUUUAUUUAUAUAUAACUGCAAACAGGAACACAUUCUAAAGAUUUCAGAGAAGAUUGUGUGUUAAAAAUAAGCAGUCAGGUGGAUUUACAUGUCUUGGAGAAAGCACACAAUAGCCUUCACUCUCCCAGGCUGGUAGCUGACGUAUGAUUCAUUUCUCACUUCAAAUUUAUUUGUAUAGCACUUUUAACAAUGGACAUUGUCUCAAGGCAGCUUUACAGAACAUAAGAAAUAUAGUACAUAAAGAUUAAUAUUAGACUUAUACAUUAAAUGUGUUUGUAUUUAUCUCUAAUGAACAAACCUGAGGUGACUGAGGUGACUGUGGUGAGGAAAAACUCCCUUAGAUGGAAGAGGAAGAAACCUUGAGAAGAACCAGACUCAAAAGUGACCCUCACUCUCAUUUGGGCGACACUGGAGGGUGUGAUUAUAAACUGUUAUAAACACCAGAGAGUGUUAUUAUGAAUAAUGUAAUGACAGUGAAUGAUUUUCUGUAUAAUCCUUACAGGUGUGAUAAACCUCUGGUGUUACAUUGUCCAAAAUGUAAUUACCAUAAAGAUUUGGACCAAAUGGCCCUUCCUCCUUUUUGUAGGAGGUCCUAACGGUUCCCACCUUUUAGUUUAAGACUGGGUAUAAAGUCUGAUCACACGCUGCUUUGGGUAAAGAUCUACAGUAAAAGAAGUCUAUGUUAUACGAGUAUCUUCAAUAAACUCUUUUC